ACUUUGGAUUACUUCAGUGUCGCAAAGUUUAAACGUUUUUUGCUUCUUCAGAAGCACAGAAGUGUCAACUAUUCCCAGAAGUGAAAUUUAGCACUGCAAAGAAGCAAAUGUACAGCUACAACAUAAAAAAUCCAGGUGGAUCAAACUCACAAAAUCUGGAGUAUCCUGUAAUGGCACAUAGGCCAGUAGUAAUGGAUGCUUGGCAGUUACCAUAUCAACCUGGAGAUGUGAGAUAUUGGAGGCAAGAUGCUCCUAGAGGAUAUGUUUUCAGCCCUCAAAUAAAGGGCUACAGCUGGCAACAGAUUCCACAAAGAUGGCAUUUAGUCAGUCCUGAAGAUGAAGGUGACAACCGGAUGGUAUAUUCACGAGGAGGAAAUUUGUUCAGUCCACAAGUACAGGACUAUAGGUGGCCGCAAGGUGUACAUGGAGGGCAUCUUGUAAGUUCCGAAGUCAAAGACCAAAGCUGGAGCCAAGAUGCCUGUGGAAUGUAUUUUUCCAACCCUCAAGUUCAGGGUUACAGACAGCGAUGGAUUGGACAUGGAAGGCAUAUAUUCAAGGCUGAAGUACUGGAUUGUAAAUUGCGGCAGGAUGCCCACGGAGGGCAUUUUUAUGAGGUUCAAGUACAGGUUUUCGGAUGGCCAGAAGAUGCAAGCGGAGGUUAUUUUUAUAAUGUUCAAGUAAAACGCCAUAGCCUGAUGUAUGAUGCACUGGUUCGGGGUUAUGGAAGACGAGUGGAUUUGGUGAAAUAUAAUAAUGAAACAAAUUCUCACCCAGGAUGUGCUAAUUUAUGUGCUGCACCUAAAAAGUCAACUAAUAGUGCAAGUGUGUCAAAUGGAACAUUUGGAGAGCCUGUGAGGGCACCAAUUGAGGUGACCCAACUAAGACCAUGUUUGUGUCCAGAUGGAAAGUUGAGAAUAAGUGGGCUUGGGCUCAGGCAGGCUGGAAUAGCAGCCUGUGCUGAACAGCCGUCGGUCAGCAUGACGUCAGUGCAGGUGGAGACCUCAUGCGGCAAUGUAGGCAGCUCGACAGGAGCAUUCUCGUCCACAGCAUCAUCAGCAAUGGUCCAUGUUGGCGUCAGUCAGUGA